UAAAAGCAGAAAAGCAGCAGGAGGGACAAAGCUCAGAGUAACAGGGAGACUCAGUCCUAAUAUUAGUAGCUGUUUUGUUUUGGGUUUUUUUACUGGUAAAAUACCAAUGCUGAUAAAAAGAAACAGCUUUUUCCUUUUUGUUUCAGCCUUUUUUUUGUUGCAUCUUUUUAAGUUGCAGUAAGAGAGGAAAAGGGAAUUGAACUUUUCACUUCUCUGUUUGUUUGUGAAAUCGUGUACUUUUCACCGCUCUCGUUAUUCUUCCAAUGCCCUCUGUCACAACAGCAGGUUCACUUAGGCUCAGAAGAUGAACGCCACGGUGAACGUCUCCAAGGAGUGUGAUAGAGAUACCAGUGUGACAUCUGUGAUAUUCCCAGUUCUCUACAGCAUUCUUUGUGUCGUAGCCCUUGUGCUGAACUCUUUGGCUGCGUGGAUCUUCUUCAGAAUUCCCAGCAGCUCAACUUUUCUGGUCUUUUUAAAAAACGUGGUGGUGGCCGACUUGUUGAUGACUCUUACCAUCCCUAUCAAAAUCUUGAGUGAUGCAGGAGUGGGUUUCUGGCAGCUGCGGGCCUUCUAUUGCAGAUUCUCUGCUGUUCUUUUCUACAUCACCAUGUACAUCAGCAUCUUAUUGCUGGGCCUCAUCAGCUUGGACCGCUACCUGAAGAUUGUAAAGCCCUUCGGAAAGUGUGCCCUGCAGAAGGUUCGGGUCGGCCAGAGACUGAGUGCAGCAAUAUGGAUUGUAAUGCUAUCUCUGGCCCUGCCGAAUGUCAUUCUCAGCAACCAGACCCCAAAACCCUCGGGGGGCAAACUGAAAUGCUCCUCCAUGAAGGACGUAGCCGGCAAACAAUGGCAUGAGGGAUUUAACUACUUCUGCCAGGUCAUCUUUUGGGGCACGUUUGCCUUGAUGGUGUUUUGCUACACGUUCAUCAGCAAGAAGGUCUAUGAAUCCUACAAAGCCUCAAAGAGCAAAUCUCAAGCUGCAAAUAGAAGAACCAAAGCCAAAGUCUUUGUGGUGGUGGGGGUAUUUUUCAUCUGCUUCGCCCCUUUCCAUUUUGUACGAGUACCCUAUACACUGACACAAACCCGCGACAGCAGCGACUGCCGAGCAAAGACAGCGAUCUACAUUGCCAAGGAAACCACACUGUGGCUGUCUGCAACUAAUGUCUGCCUUGACCCACUUAUUUAUGUCUUCCUGUGCAGAGUGUUCAGGAAGAGACUCAUGACCACGUUCUGCAAAGAGACUCAGGAGUCUUCCAAAUCCUCAUUAACACACAUGGAGAUGUCACAAAUGGACCACACUAUCAGACUGUCGCACAAUGACACAUCGCACCUCAAUCAAAGCACAUUAUCCUCAAGUUUCAACUGCUGAUGUCUUUCAUACCUGGAAAGACUAGUGACUCAUCGUCUAGUGUUGUCGUAUGGGGCAGUUCGUUUUAUUAGAAAUCCUGCACAAACUCUUAAAAUAAGCAGACUGUGAAUGGACCCUGACAAUUCGGAUCUGUCAGUAAUUUCAGUGUCUGUUAUUUCAGCGAAUAUCAUGCAAAAAUGUUUUUUGCUUACUCAUUCGCACAUUUCCUUAACAAAGCUUACUGUCAGUUUCUGCAUCCUGUGGUUUAAUCUUGUUCAAACUGCACUUUUCCUUAGUUUAAGACUUAUCGAAUCGGGGUAAAAAUAAUGUUGACAUAAGACACGUUGUAAAAACCUAUUUGUCAAAGAAGAGCUAAAUAAAAAUAACUGUAGCAAACCAGAAUUUGUUAAAAGCAAUCUGAUGUUGAAAAAAAUAUGGUACUAAUCGUUGAAUUACUAAUAUUUUUGUAUAAGCACAAUAUAUUUAUGUCUUAGUCACACAGUAGUCAUUUUGUUUCUCUAAAGCUCAUUUGGAUAAUUAUGUAGCUUAGCAGAUGAUACCACACUUUUUACAUGAGGUAAAGACUGUGGUAUACUAGCUAUACCAGCUUUCAGAUCUUAUUCAAAACUAGUUUUGUACAUGCAGAUCUAGCUUUCAGAUUCCAGGUCUGAGUUUCGGGGCUUGAAUUAAGCAUCUCAUAAAUAGACCUUUUUUAAAAAAAAAAAAAAAAAGUUAAUGAGACAAGGGGUCAGAUUACCAGUUGUUGUGAGCUGGCUGCAUGUUAUUGGAAAAGAACAAACAUGCUAUAGUACGCUUACAAAACUACUGGUAAUUUUAAUAACAUGACGUUCCAGAUGGUUUCUGUAAGCACUAAUGUAAGACUCAUAGGGUCUCAUCUGGGUAGAUUUUAUGAUAAGUGACCCAGUUCUGUAUGUUUGCAGUGCUGUUUUAGUUUCAUCUGCCUUGUGCGUGAUUGUAAUGUACACUGUAAAUAUGAUCACAAAUAAUAACAUUAUGGAGGGAAUAUAGAGGGGUAAUGUGGACAUUAUGGAGGGUAACAUUUUUUUUUUAGGACUGUUGUUCCAUUCUACCACAGAAAUGUUCCAAAUGCAGGAAAUUGUACAUUCUAAAUCAUAUUCUGAAGCACUUUUCAAUCACCACACAUUUUUUUCUGUUAUUGCAAAUAAAAUCUAUUUUGCUUUUUACUGCUAUGUUUCACAGUAAAAGGUUGUAACAAUUAAAGACAACUCAUAGCGGUUGUCUUUACAUACUACCACAAGUGCUCUGAAAAGAUUACCACAAAAACUCUUUUGUUGGUAAACUGAUCUUGUCUGAUCUAUCUUUAAAAAAGAUAGAUCUUUUCUUAUCACAUGGAAACAUGUAUAAAUAAUGAAAGUCAAGUAUUUCACUGACUAAAUGCUGUAAUUAGACUAAAUGCAAGUGGGUUUCAACAAAAUGUACAUUAACAAUCGCACAACUGUACUUUAAGCUUUUGCAAAAGUGUGGGAUGUAAGAAAGACUGAUAAUGUUCCUUUUUUUGGAUUUUCCUUUUCAUAAAUAGCUUCCUAUGUUUUGUGACAAUUUAUUACACGAUUUAUUAUCCUUUUGUCAUUAUAAGUAAAUGUAAUUUUACUUCAAAGAUAAGAUUCUACUUGUAAUAAAUUCACCCCAAAUUCUGGAAAGCUAGUUUAUGCAUGGAGAACUGAUAUGGACAUGGUACUAGAAGUCAUUGUUUUAUCAGUCCACUCUAACCUGAGCUGUUCCUCUGUAAAGUUUUUUUCUGGUUGUAAUGGACAUGUGUAUUUAAUGUUUGCAUCAAAUUUUCUUUAUGUCAAUGGAUAAUUAUUUUUCAUAACUUUUUAUUAACAUUGUAC